AUGGGUCCUCUCGAAAUCACGAAGAACGAGCAUGAGUCUGCACCGAAUUCGGUGGCAGAUGUUACUAAAGGCGACAUCAACACCGCCGAGCAGACAGCUGUAUUGCCCAAGAGUUUCAACCUGUUAAGUGCCUGCGCCACGGGUAUUACCACGGGCAAUGCGUGGGCGGUUCUAGGAGGUGGAAUCAUCGCGUCUCUUUAUAACGGCGGCCCUCCUGGAGUUAUUUUUGAAUUUGCUCUUGUUUCCUUCUUUUACUGCUUCAUUGCGGCGUCCAUCGCGGAAUUGGCCUCUUCCAUCCCGGCCUCUGGCGGAGUAUAUCACUGGGCAAAUAUAACCGCCGGCCCCCGGUAUGGCCGCAUCUGCGGCUGGUUCGCAGGCUGGUUGAAUGCCCUCGCCUGGGUCUUUGCAGUGGCCUCAAAUACCUCCAUGAUAUCCACAAUGAUUGUCUACGCAUACGGACUAUACCAUCCGGACCUGAUCCCCCAGCGCUGGCACGUUUUCAUCUGCUACCUGCUCAUCUCAUGGACAUGCUGUUUCACUGUCAUGUUUGCGCAGCCCGCUCUCCCCUGGAUCAGCCGGCUGGGCUCGUUCUUCAUUAUCACCGGGUUCUUUGUGAGUAUUAUUGUUGUUGCUGUUAUGCCUAGCACCGGGGGUGGGGCGGGAUAUGCGUCUCAUGAUUUUGUCUGGAGGGAUUGGGAGAAUAUGACGGGCUACUCGAGCGAUGGGUUUACGUUUCUUGCGGGCAUGUUGAAUGGCGCUUUUGCUAUUGGGGCUACGGACUGCGUUACGCAUAUUGCGGAGGAGAUUCCCCAAGCAGCAAAGAACAUCCCCAAAGCCCUCGGCUUCCAAAUCAGCAUCGGCUUCAUCACAGGCUUCUGCUACCUCGUCACAAUCUUCUACGCCGUCACCGACCUUCCCAAGAUCAUGAACUCGGCCAACACCUUCUGCCCACUGGGUGAUAUCUACCUGCAAGCAACAGGCGGGUCCAAAGCCGGAACCGUCGGGCUCCUCGCCGUCAUAAUCGCGCCCAUCUUCUGCGCCACAAUCGGCUGCUACAUCACCGCCGGCCGCAUGGUGUACGCCCUCGGCCGCGACGACGCCCUCCCCCUCGCCCGCUGGAUCGGGGCCGUAAGUCCCCGCUGGGAGAGUCCGUUGUUUGCAACACUCAGCUGCGGGGUAUUACUCACGGGUAUCGGGGCGAUAUACGUCGGCUCCCUGACUGCCUUCAACGCAUUCAUCGGCUCCUUUGCCGUAAUGACAACCGUCUCCUACCUGCUUGCGAUAUUGCCACAUGCGCUCAGUGGACGGAAGAGAAUCCGGCCCGGCCCGUUCUGGAUGGGUGAUGGGGUGAUGGGGAUGGGGGUGAAUCUCGUGGCUUGUGGGUAUAUUGUUGUGACGGUGGUGAUAUAUUGCUUUCCCUAUGAGAUGCCGACGGAGGCGGGGCACAUGAAUUAUACCUGUCUGAUUACGGGGGGGUUGACUAUUGUAGCGGGGAUUUGGUGGCUUGUUCAUGGGAGGAAGCAUUAUGUGGGGCCUGAUAUGGAGAUGUUUGAGUAG